GGCCUCGGAAAAAGUGUUUGGACAGUGCCAUUUGAGAACAUCACCAAGAUCCAACAUAUUUGUAUGCCACUCCAUGUGCGACUCAUAUGUACUUCCAACAUGCUGACAGGAACAGACUAUUUCUCGGAGGACCUUUACCUUGCGGCGCUACCAGCAAUCAAAAUCUCAAUGCUUUUGACAUAUCUCAGGAUCUUCGCCGGCAAAAGCUUUCGGCAGAUCGUGUAUGUCCUGAUCGGACUGAACAUUGCGUACAGCAUCGCUUUCAUUCUCAUCUCCGUGUUUCAAUGCGAGCCGAUCAGUCUUGCAUGGCACGGCUGGGACAAAGAGCACGAGGGCCGAUGUAACAACAUCAAUGCCCAGUCAUGGGCGGCUGCUGGGAUCAACAUUGCGCUUGAUGUCGCGGUGGUCUCCUUGCCGUUGCCACAGCUCUGGCGAAUGCAGCUCAACCCUCGGAAGAAAUUCCUGGUCAUGAUCAUGUUCUCCAUGGGAUUUUUCGUCACAAUCGUUUCUGUGAUACGUUUACAGCAACUUCUUGAGUUCGGAGAGGAUGAUAACAUGACGUAUCAUUAUGCCUCGAUCGGCUUAUGGUCCACCGUUGAGAUGCACGCUUCGGUCAUCUGCGCCUGCAUGCCCGCAAUCAGGAAUUUACUCCGGCGCUUCUCACCCAGGCUGAUGGGCGCAUCGACAGUAGGACUGGACGAGACACGG